AUAAGCACUUUCAGCCUCCUCUACAUAUUCCUUCACUCAGAAAAAAACAUUAUUUGAUUGAUAUCUGUCAAGUGUGCCAUCACUUUUGCGUGUAGAGCUGUCAUCAAUGGUGAAGCCUGAGAUCAAGAUCCAAACAGGACCCAAGAAGGAAACGCCAUCAUCAUCAUCAUCAACGUUGAAGAAGAAGUAUAAGGGAGUGAGGAUGAGGAGUUGGGGUUCUUGGGUGUCAGAGAUUAGAGCACCAAAUCAGAAAACAAGAAUAUGGUUAGGUUCUUAUUCUACACCAGAAGCAGCUGCCAGAGCCUAUGAUGCUGCACUCCUCUGCCUCAAAGGUUCCUCAGCAAAUCUCAACUUCCCCAUUUCAUCAUCCUCCCAUUAUGUUCCUGACACCAUUUUGUCCCCUAAAUCAAUACAAAGAGUAGCUGCAGCCGCUGCUAACAGUUUUGGUAAUAAUGCUACCACCACCACCAAUACUACCCCACCAAUCAUAUCUUCACCACCAGCCUCUUCUCCUUCUUCUUCAUCCUCCUCAUUGGUUUCAUCUCCUUCAUUAUCCUCUUCUUCUCCAUCUGAUCAUCGAGUAGACGAUGAUGUUUCCCUAAUGCAGUCUCUGCAGACCUACAAUGAACCCAUUCCUAUGAUGGAACCAUGGUACUUCAGCUUUGAAACCCUGCAAUCUCCCAAAUAUGUAGAUCAGAUGAUUUUUAAUGCUCCCUCAUUAUUCGAUCCACCGCCGAUGAUGGAUGAUUUUUAUGAAGAAGGUGACAUCCGUCUGUGGAAUUUCUGCUAGGCAAGAACAGAUUUUAGGGUAUACAGAUGAUCAAUAUCAAAUUCUUUAAAUUUGUCCAUUCUUAUUAUUUGUUUUUUUUAUCUUCAUCACUGACAGUGAACAAAUUAAAUUCAUAGUAUGUUA